GAGUGAAGCAAUUUCCUGCUGUCUGACUUGUCUAUUGCAAGCACACUCCUCUCCUUCCUCUUCUCUUCUCUCCCCUUCUCACGCAAGAGCAUGCCUCACUGAUGCUCCUCUCCUCGGCUCGGCGCUCGCAGGAGCACGCCUUUCAUGACGCGCAUCCUCCUCCUCUUCCUCCCGAGCAGGAUGAGGCAGGUGCAGCAAGAGGACGACCGCGGGCAUCGGCGCUCUACGGCAGCGGCCAGCGAAUCUCGCGGAGGACGAGGUGCCUGUACGCGAGCGGUUCGCUGCUGCUGCUCUACCUGAAGCUCAAGGGGCUCCUGCCCUUCCUCCCGUGGCUCGUUGUCCUCUUCCCCCCCUGGAGCUUUGGCCUCUACCUUCUCUUCCUCUCCUCCAUCCCUCGCAUGCUCGCUGGGGUCGAGCUGGCGUUGGGAGCUCAACACGAGGAAGAGAGGAGGGAGAGAAACGAGAGGCUUGAGCGCCUCGCGUGGAGGAGAGGAAGGGAGUGGGAGCAUGUGGAGCACGGGUGCUGCGCCUGCGGCUACUGGGGGUCCGCAGUCUCCUCCAUCGCUUCUGCCCUAUCGCAGGUCUUGCAUGUUGCUGCUGUUGAACAUCUAUGAUGGACUAGCAGGCGCUGGGGUUAGGAUUCAUCAUGAUGGUUGGGCUGCAGCUUCAGAUUCACUUCAUCAGGCCGGGCGAGGAGUGGAGCUGCUCGUUCCUCUCGCUGUCUCUUUCUUCUGCCUUCUUGUCUCUGCUAUGACAGCUCUCGCUACUCAUCUCGAGGCUCCUCA